AUGGGAACUCAGUUGAAGUUCAGUACAGCUUAUCACUCAGAAACGGAUGGUCAGACUGAGAGAAAGAAGAUAUGCUCAGAGCAUGUGUCAUUGACUUUCAAGGAUCCUGGAGUACCCACUUAUGCAAACCUAAAGCGCAGGCAUGUUGAGCUUGAAGUUGGUGAUCAUUUAUUUCUGCGUGUGACUCCAAGGAAAGGAAUCUCGGUGAAGAGGUUUGGCAAGAAGGGAAAGCUAAGUCCCAGAUAUGUUGGAACUUUUGAGAUUUUGGAUAGAGUGGGAAAUGUGGCUUACAGGGUAGCUUUACCACCAUCAUUUUCUGAGGUGCACAAUGUAUUUCAUGUGUCACAACUUAAAAAAUAUGUGUCCGACCCAUCACAUGUGAUGAGCUACGAGACCUUGGGUUUGCAGGAGGACUUGUCAUUUGAUGAGCGUCUAGUGAAAAUACUCGAUCGAAAGGACAAACUCCUAAGGAAUAAGACCAUUUCCUUCGUAAAGGUAUUGUGGAGGAACAAUGGUGUUGAGGAAGCAACUUGGGAAUUUGAGUCUGAUAUGCUGCAACAAUAUUCCAAGUUGUUUGAGUAA